AUGGAAAUUCAUUUGUCAGAUGUGCGGUAUUACCAGCAAGAGGUCCGCUUCGGGUGUUGUGGCGACAAGGUGUACGAGACGUUCAAGAUAGACGUAUCCCUCAUGACGUGGAUCCAGGUGUGCUUCGGUCUGGACAUUGUCGCCGGGACGUUGCGGUUUCAGAGCAGCGAGCAGGAGGGCGUCGUUAAGUCCCUCUCUCGAAGCCCGCCCGGGAGCGUCAGCGCCGGUGGUCUGCUGAUGCUUGGUCAGGACCAGGACACGGUGGGAGGGUCGACGGAGGCCAUCCAGAGUCUACACGGCUACCUUCAGGACCUUGUCAUCCUCAACCGGUCUCUUUCCGACGCCGAGAUGAAGGAUUUCACGGUCUGCUCGCAGUGGGGCGGCUGGACCUCCGUGCUGGUCGACUUCCAGAACAUUCAAGAAGCGUUUAGUUUCGGCGCCGUGACGAGCGUCGUGGAUCUGGGCUACGGCGACGCGUGUGUCGGGCUGCGCGUCAACGUCGCGCUCUUCCCCGAGCCGCGCGACUAUGAGUCCACCAGCUUCUUCUGCCAGGCGCUCGGGGGCUCGGUCGUCCUCCCCAAACGGCAGCUGGAAAGCGAUUACGUUACUUACUUAGGGAAGAAGUACUGUGAAGUCGCCCGAAUGUGGCUUGGCGCCGAGUAUCAGCCCGGGCGGGAUUACGUGGAGAGUGGCACGAACAACACCAUCACGUACGAAGCGUGGGACCACGAGGUGAGCGGGAUGGACGACAGCAUCGCCGUCCUCUACACGAGGCGACCGAUCGGCGAGAGGAACUGGGGGAUAUCUACGUCCGACAGGAAGCUCUGCACAACCUGCGGUCACACCGAGCCCUUCGCUCUCAAGGUGCGAGGGUUGUGCAAGGAGACGAAAUUCGACAAGAAGUUCCUGAUCCACAGCUACUCGAACCGCAAACCAACAUUCGUGGGUAUUGUGUCCUCGAACCUCACCUGGAUCGCGUACAACAUCACCCAGGACCUCUUCGCCGGGUACUGGAGGCUCUUCCUGACCGCCAGACCGGACAUCCACGCCGAGAUGAUCAUGGAGACACGGUAUUCGUACCCAGUCGGCACACACACCUGGACCGUCAGCAACGACAUAUGCGCGGGCGAAGUCAAGAAACUCAAGUUCACCACGUGCGGCGCCGGCAUGUUCACCUGCGACGACGGCUCCUGCGUCAACGUCAUGCUCCGCUGCGACAAGAAGGUGGACUGCGCCGACAGCUCGGACGAGGAGCGGUGCAACCCGGUCCUCAUCCCCGGCGGCUACGACAGCGCCAUCCCGCCCCCUUUCGUCGAGGACUCCUUCCCGGCGGACAUCGUGAUCGAGGUGGACUUCCGCUUCAUCCGGACCAUCAAGAUCUCCGACUUCAGCCUCCUGCUCGACCUCCGCCUCUCGCGGCGCUGGAAGGACGGGAGGCUCAGGUUCCGGAACCUCCGAGCCAACAUGAGUUACAACGUGGUGGAAGACCUCCGUCAGGUGUGGCUGCCUGAGCUGACGCUGGCCGGCGCUGACCAUCUGGUGGCUGACGCGAAGGAGAGGAAGGAGGUGAACUUCGUGGACAGGCAGGGCAAGCCGCUCGAGGACGACGAUGCGGAGCUCGAUGAAGAUCAGCUGUAUAGUGGAGCUCAAAACGACCUGAUCGCCGUUCGGGAAUACACCCUUCAGCUCCAGUGUUACUACAACCUGGCUCACUAUCCCUUCGACACCCAGCGCUGCCCUUUGUACAUCAUAUUGGCCAAGUACACCUCUGAUCUGUUCGUCGUCCGCAUCAACAAGUUUGGCUUCAGCGGGAAUCGGAGGCACCACGAGUACGUCGUUCGUGAAAUCUUCGUGAACAACUUGACUCUGGAUAACUACGCCGCUCAACGCCUUGAACUCAUCUUACGCAACCAGUACAUCUACUACAUCAGCGCUGCCUACGUCCCCUCAUGCAUGUUGCUCGUCAUCUCGUACCUAACUUAUUACUUCGACGUCGAGGAUUUCUCCAACCGGGUGACGGUGGCUCUGACUUCCCUCCUCGUCCUGGCCACGCUCUUCUCCGAGUUGGUCGGCGGCCUCCCGAAGACCUCAUACUUGAAGUUCAUCGAUAUUUGGUUCCUGGGCUGCAUCAUCGCCAACUUCCUUAUGGUCAUGUGCCUCGUUAUCAUCGACAAAAGGACGAAGGAGGGUGUAGAGAAGGGGUCCAAGGGCCAGUGGGUGGUCAGCAGGGUCGUGCCGCAAGGAAGGGUGGAUGGUGGAGGGGUGAAGGCUCAAGGUUGCAGGGGCGUGAGUAGGGCUCAGCUGAACGCCAUCUUGAAGAUAGCUAUCCCGAUGGUUUUCGGCGUCUUCGUCAUCUUGUACUGCGCUUUUGUCAUGAGUGCUCUUAGUGGUUGAAAUUUCGGUUGCUUUCACGUAGACACACUCAAAGAAUUUUAUACAGAAUCUCACAGGUGCACACUACACAUUCAUUGAUAAACAUUCACUCCCCCCCCCCCCCACAUACUGACACGCACAGACAUAUGAGCCCUCAUUAUCACCAAGUAAUGAACAGUCAAUUGUAACACAUGUAGCAACCGAUGUAAAUGAGGUAUUUUGGGUGCAUUUCGACUUGAUCUUUAUAAAAAAUACACGACUUUCUAACGUAUUUCUUACGAAGACUUAAUCGAAAUGCGGAAAUAAAUCAGAGUUAUAUCGUUUACCACCACUAAUUCUUGAGGUCAACUCACAAUCCGAUUACAUUACAAAGGACCCUGCAGAUAAACAGUACAUCUUACAGUAUCGGUCAUUUUUAAUUGGACAUAUUUACUAAGUAACUCACAGUUAUAUAAAAGAAUAACCUUUGCUUAUGAUACCGGGCCCAUGAAUAAGUUCCUUUUUGGGAUGCAGUAGGUUGC